AUGCUGGGCCGCACAGCACCAGGCGCUCCCGACCCGGCCGGCCUACGCCCCACAUCCCCCGUACUAACUCGUGCCCCAGAAUUCCAGAAUCUACUACUGGACCUUGCAACGGUCUAUGCCGGCGCCGAUUCGCACGCCUUGUUGACCAAGGCCCUGGUGCCCGUGGCGUUCCACGAAGCCAGUCCCGAAGACAUUGUGCGGGCGUACGAGACGUUCAUAAGCAGGGAGCCAGAAGCGCAAACCACCUCGGUUUCGCUGAAACUCGGCCUGCUCGACUACAACACGCCCUACGAACUUUUCCACGACGUCAAGUUGGUGUGCGGCAUCGAAAUCAUGCGCCAUGGCGUCGGCAGCGCCGUGUACCAGGAAAUCGACCAGUUCUACAGGUUCUGCGUCGAGCUUUUGCUCCUGGAGGUGGCGUCCUUGGGGCUCCGUCUUUUCCUGGCAAAGGAGAGGGAGGACGACGAGCUCUUGGAGCUUUUCCGCGACGACUUUGCCCGGAUCACGCUGCACCGGUUCGCGUCCAACGGCGAGUUUGUCACGUUCAUCCACAAGUACACCGAGCCGGCCGUGCCCAUCUACCACAGCGCAUACAACUCUCAGCCCGAGCCGGAAGCCAAGACCGUGGUGCAGCCGCUUUUCUCGGGCUUGGUCGGAAAGUCCGUUUUGGACACGCGGAACACCGUUGUGCCGGAGCCCUGGCUGUUGACCAAGGCCGUGGCGCAAAGCGCCGUGCUGCCCACCCACAGCACCAUCAAAUCGUUCAACAGCGUGUCGUGCAAGAUCCCGCUUCCGUCGCAGGCUUCUGCGCAGGUGUUGGACGGCUUUUUCCACCCCAACUGGUACACCAUCGAGGCUCCCAAGUGGUUGCAGUACAAGCAAAAGACAUUGAAGCCGCCGUUGAACUCGACCUUGGUGAAGAACUGCGAUGCCAACGAGUUGCGUGUGCAUGAAAAGAGAAGCAACAUAGUCUCCCUCGGCCCUGUCAUUGACCUGAGAAACUCUGUGUUGAGCGACGAUCUCAAAAAGAGAAUCUGGUACACCAACAUCGGACGGGAGCAGGCCGAAGGAAUCGGCAGACAAAUCCCUGGCGGUGUGGGACGCGGGGAAGAAGACACGGCCGCCGCUGAAGAGCCCGCCACAACAGGCGCCGAAGAACCUGCGCUGGAAGAAGCGAGCGUGGACGAUAUGGAUGUUGACACGGCAAAGGCCCAGGGCCCUGCUGCCACCGGCGAAAUCAAGCUCGAGAACUUGGUGCGCUAUGUUCCCGAAGCCGAGGACUCGCUCGAGCAACUAAGGAAGGACAGGGCUCGGAUCCUCAAGGCGCCACAUGAGAUGCAAAAAGUCAUUUCGCUCACCUUGUUGAAACUCAACAAGUUGCGCCAAGAGAGGUACUUGCACAGCACAUCCCCAGCCAACCCGUCUGUUGCGGAGACGAUACUCUACAAGAAGGCAGUGAAGCUAUUGGCCUUGUUGGCGAGGUCCAGUGUGUCGGACCAGAAGAAGCUCCAGAUACAAUUGAGCAAGAAGAUCCCGGUGCUCUUGAACGAAUACCAAGGUGUGUUGCCCGGGCCCAUUCCCGCGAAGCCCAUUCCUGCGAACAAGAGCGGGAGGUUGAUGGGCAUCAAGGGCCCCCACAAGAAGAAGGGCAGGUUUUUGUAA